AAGCUGCAGAGUUUAUUGUAAGUCACAUGAUCAAGUCUUAAUGGGAGGGAUUUCUACCACGACUUCUUUAGCUUCAGUGACGCUGCAGAGCAGCAAAACGCGGAUAUACUGGACCAGAACACCAUGAACUCUUCAGAGAAAACGUCAGAGGCGGCUGAGGAGAACAAAAUGGAGGUCAGCAGCUCUGCAGAUGAAAACAAAGAUAAAGCAGAAGAACAGCCUAAAAUGUCCAAUCGACAGGGCACACCUUCCCUGAUCAACCAAGCUGAAAACAAACCUGCUGAUAACCUCACUUCUAUGGAAACAUCUGAGCCAAAAACCAAAAAGACAAAGCAAAACAAUGAGUCAGGAAAAGGAAACAAAGGAUCAGGGGCUGAGAAGUUGAUGAAAUGUCCAGAGUGUGAAGCUGAGAUUGCUCCGUCUGUCACAUUCCGUAAGCAGAAAAAUGACCAGUAUGAAUUCGAUAUUGGUCUGUACCAGGACAAUGGAGAUAAUCACACUGCCUUUUUUGAGGACAAGUUAGACUUGACAAAUCAGGUAAGAUAAAACCUCAGACUACAUAGAUCUUUAUGUGGUGUUAUAAGAAAGAACAUUUCCCCUUAUUUAUUGUAUUAUUGUAUUAUUAAUUUGCACUUCAGUAUUUCAGCUAUUCAAACAAACUUUAACUUUAGGAAGAGAAAAUAUAAGUUAGAAAGGUCUUCAAAUAAUGAUUUAAUUUACUGAGGAAAGAAAGUACAGAAUAAUUCAUUGCCCCUGACAGCAAUAACUGCUAUCAAACACUUUUUAAAACUGGCAACGAUUGUUUUAAAUAUUUGUUGAGGAAUUUUGUUGGGAAUUGUUUUAAUUCAACUGGAUGGUUCAAGCAUAAAUGUCCUACCAAACCCAAAGGUCCUGCAGGAGUUUCAGGUAGGUUACAAUAUGGUUACAAUAACUACAGAAAGUCCUUCAGGUUCUAAACAAUCAAAGUAGUCCAAGACCAUCACACUAUCACCUUGUUUGACUAUUGUAUAACAAUAAUAUGUAUUUUAUAACUUUACAGUGAAAAGUUUCUUUCUUGUCUCCUCAGGCAGCAGUUAUCAAGAAUAAGAUACAAUGUCCCAACUGUAAACACAGAUUUCCUGUAGACAGUGUUGCUAGUAGGACUAAUAAGAUGGGUGGAUUCAACAUUGAAUUGUCCAUUAAUAUUCCUAAGAAGCGGGAACAAGCUGUUGAAACAUCAUCUGCAACGGCGAACAGCUUGGAUGGGACACAAUCACAAAACAGGAAUUGUGACAAUGAAUUGAUGGAGCAAGAUGACGGGGAUGACAGUUCUUCAGAAAAGUCAACAGGAAGUACCACGAACGAACCUUCUACAAUGAGUCGUCUGAGAGAUAGUUUUUUUAAUUGGACAGAAAGUAGAAAUUCCAGUUCAAGGAAACCUGAGCAGUCAAAUCAAACUACAGACAGCAAAGGAUGGUCUUUUCCCAGCCGUUUCAAACUUCAAACACCAGUGUUGAAGGUCCACUGUACUGCUACCAGCGAUACGUUUGGUGCCGAUACUGACAUAAUGAAACAAUUGAAGAACAACUUAAAGUCAUCAGUACAGUUGGAAGAAACAACCAGGAAGAACUGCAGCAUCAUCAUUCUCUUCUGUCCAGUCAGUCGCAGUUUUGAAUCAGAAGUAAAGUUUGCCAUGGAAAAGGAAGCAGUCUCAUCAUCUGGUAAACAAUUCAUUCUGGUUCUGAUGCAUCACACCAGAGACCCAGACUAUUCCACUGCAGGAUGUGACACCUCUGAAGUGCUGAAAAAUGUGUUUUAUGUCCAUGUUUUUUACCAUGAGACUGAAAACGGUUUGCUGAAACUGGCACAAAAUGCCCAAGCAAUCAAGGCAAUUGAAGACGUAAUUCUCCACAAGAAAUAGAGAGCUUCUGCUUUUUAUCAGUUUUGUUUUAAGUACUUUAAUAUAUCGACACAUUUCAGCAAAGACCACAAUAGCGUAUUAUCAUUUGAUGAUGGAAUAAAAGAGGAAAAACUUAGAAUUACUGAGCUUCUGACUGCAAACAGCAAUUUAUUUCUUCCAUUUAUCUUCAAUUCAGUUUUUUCUGAAUGUUUUCUUCUGACAGAAUGUAUUUUAUAGCGAACUACAAGUUUUUUUUUAUUUUACUGAAGUUUUAAGGCCAAAACUAAUCAGUAAAUGAAGGAAAACAAGAACAGAAGAUAAACAGCUGUACAGGAAAUAUUCUAGUCUGGUGUUGUUCCUCAACUUCAUGCUGUAAGACUGCAGUCAGCUUCCUGUUUGCUGGAUGAACUUCCUGUGAUGUAAUCCUGCUCCUCUUCUCAAACCCUCUCCUACAGAAGGUUCCAAUGUUUUCCUUGAUCUCAGAUUGAGAAACUUUAAAUGUUAUGCAGCUUUGAAAAAUAAACAGUGGAAAUGAACGUUGUAGAAAUGGAACAUGUAAAUAUUCUACCAGAUUAAGAUGGUGAAUCUUAAUCCGUAUCUUAUAUUAAUUUUCAUUACAGAUGUUGUUACUGGAACGUACCACCAAUUACUGUCAUGUUUAAUGUUCAUUAGUUUGAUUUCUACACCUUCACUGUAAGACAAAAAUAUCGCUGAAUAAAACAGAAGUCUCUGCUUCUCAUUUAUUUUCA